AUGGCUCGCCAUGGCUCUUUAAGCUUGAGCCUUGACCUUGCCGCCACGCCACGCCUCACGCUAUUUAGAACCUUGGUUGUGAUUGAGCGGCUUGUACAAGGGGGUUGUGAGAAGCUAAAAGAUGACGGCCUAAACUUAUCAGACUGGCUUCAGUAUUUGGCAUCAUUUUGCGGUCAUUUGCCUGUGUCUUCUCCUCCAACUUCCGAUCCAACACCUGUUGUGAAUGCCACAUCAGACCGGGGAUGUAUACGAUCAAGUAAUUUGGAAGCUACAAUUCAACAUCUUCUUGAUAUGGGAGGAGGAAACUGGGAUAGGGAUAUAGUUGUUCGUGCUCUUCGUGUUGCUUUUAAUAAUCCAGAAAAAGACAAAAAGUUGUUAAAUAUCUCUAUUCCAACAGAACUCCCGCCAGCUGCCGGAGUUUCACCACUGCCAGGUCUGCAGGCUGCCCAGCCCCCGCCAGCUACAGUUGUUCCUCCAAGUGGACCAAAUUCAAACCCUUUGGAUCUCUUCCCUCAGGGCCUUCCUGACAUGGGCACAAAUGCUCCUGUUGGUGCUGCUGGAAGCUUGGAUUUUCUACGUAACAGUCCACAGUUUCAAGCACUUCGAGCCAUGGUGCAGGCUAAUCCCCAAAUCUUGAAAGUUUUGAUUAAGAACAAUUUCAAGAUCAUCAUUCAGUUGAGUUGGGAUGCUGGAUUUAACGAUGAUUGGAACAUUAGGAUGCUUGAUGAGUUGAAGGCAGAAGAUAGUGAGGGUAUUAUUGGUUCACAAUCACAUGUUGAAAAAAGUUUAGAUAAGUUGAAUGCUAGAAACCAAAUUCUUCGUGACUAA